UAUCCCUACAAGCGUCUCAUUUCAUUCGUAAAAAGAAAUUCGUGUCGUUCGGAGGUUUCGUGCCGUCAAAAAAGCAACUCGGAAGACUUGAAAAAUAUAUACAUAUAUUCAUUCCAGUUAAUAUAUAAAUAAACAAAAAAGCAAAUAUCAAAAAAUGGCUGGAGGAAAAGCUGGUAAAGAUUCUGGAAAAGCAAAAGCCAAAGCUGUUUCUCGUUCGGCCCGUGCUGGUUUACAGUUUCCUGUUGGUCGUAUCCAUCGUCAUCUGAAAAGUCGUACAACAUCCCAUGGACGCGUUGGUGCCACCGCCGCUGUUUAUUCUGCUGCCAUUCUGGAAUAUUUAACAGCAGAAGUUUUGGAAUUGGCUGGCAAUGCUUCCAAGGAUUUAAAAGUCAAACGUAUCACUCCCCGUCAUUUGCAAUUAGCCAUUCGUGGUGAUGAAGAAUUGGACAGUCUUAUUAAGGCAACCAUUGCUGGUGGUGGUGUUAUUCCACACAUUCACAAAUCUCUGAUUGGCAAAAAAGAAGACAACGUACAAGAGCCGCAAAGAAAAAAUACCGUUAUUUUAUCGCAAGGGUAUUAAUUGUAAUUUCUUUUUUUAAUUUUUAUUUCUAUUGCUAAUAAUUAUAAUGAUAAUAACAUAAACCUUACAACAAAAGAUAAAAUAAUACAAUUUUAUAAACUUUCCUUUUUUCAUUAUAUUACCAACAAAAAUACAACACACACAAUAUAAGAAAGAUACAAGAAGCUUAUGUAAUUUCAAUAAUGUCUUUGGUUAUAUAUAAAUACAAUUGUAUGUUUUAAAUCUGCCAUGAUUUGUCCACUCCACCACCCAUGCAACCAGAACAAAAUUCAGAGUGUUUCUGUUGUUCAUAUACUUUUUUCCUUUCGGUAAAUUAUGAAAUUCUCUUCUUUAUUUAAUUAUAUAAACAAAUUAUUAAAUGAAACAAUGUUUUUACGUUUAAAAGAAUAAGUAAAAUUACAAACAAAUUUAAGAUGUUUAAAUAAUUAAAUUUAUAAACAAAGAAGAUUUACAAAUAAUCACAAACAAAUAAAAAUUACAAAAUUGACUACAUUUAGAUAAAAACCUUAAA